AUGGACAAUGUAACAUUUCCCCAAUACCUUUAUUUCACAAUAUUUGGUAAGGGCAAUGAAAAUGUAAAAGCAUUGUAUUUCCUAAUAACAAUAUUAGCAUACGUUCUGAUCAUACUUCUUAAUGUAAGUAUCCUGAUGGCUGUAUUGAUGGACAGAUCUCUUCACGAGCAGCCCAUGUAUCUGUUGAUGUGUUGCCUGUUGUUCAACUCUCUGUACGGCAGCUCAGCACUGCUACCGAGACUUUCUGCUGAUCUUUUGUCAAAUACUCAUGCUAUAUCACGCACUGCCUGUUCCACACAAAUAUUUGUUAUUUACACCUAUGCAAUAUGUGAAUACAAUAUUUUAACUGUUAUGGCAUAUGACAGAUAUGUUGCUAUAUGUGACCCUUUGCGAUAUCAUGACAUCAUGACACAGAGAAAGACACUUUUGCUUAUUUUGUGUGCUUAUUCCUAUGCAGUAUUUUUUAUUGUUAUUGGGGUGUAUUUGUCUGGCACUCUACCUCUGUGUGACAAUGAGAUACCAGGGUUGUACUGCUCAAACUGGUCAAUGGUAAGACUUUCCUGUGUUUCGACCGUAAUUAACAAUAUUUUUGGUUUUCUUCUUACGGUGACUUCAGUCUUUCUGCCUACAGGCUUCAUAUUGUUCACAUACAUCAGGAUUCUUAUUGUCUGUAGAAAAAGCACAGCAGAGCAUAGAGGCAAAGCCCUGCAAACAUGUCUACCGCACAUUGUCGGUUUUGCUACGUAUUCUAUAGCUCUAUUUUCUGAUGUUGCUAUCAGUCGGUAUGAACCUGGCCAAAUUUCAACAGUAGUCGUUUUGAUACUUUCUCUUGAAUAUCUUGUGAUUCCGCCUUUACUAAAUCCACUGUUGUACGGUCUAAACCUGCCAGAUAUCCGAAGGAGAAUGCUGUCUAUCGACAUGACCGCCAACGCUGUGUCUCUCAAGCUCCCCGAGUUCUGGGAAUCAUCUCCUUCAGCCUGGUUCGCUCAAACUGAGGCACAGUUUGCCUUGCGUCAGAUAACCGCCGACGAAACGCAAUACUACUACGUGGUGUCUGCCCUCGGAAGUUCUACGGCGUCGAGAGUGGUGAGCCUUCUUAAACGUCCUCCUCUGACAAGGAAAUAUCAAACGCUGAAGGAAAAAUUGCUGAAAACUUUCGAACUGUCUGACACUGAGAGGGCAACUGCCUGCUCAUGUGAGAGCUGCUUUGGCCAACACUGCCAGCACGGAUUGCAGAGAACUGGCUGCUGA